UGAGGUCGAUGUCGACAUGACAUGACCAAUCAGGACGAUGACAAACAAAGAUAUUUAUGUGUUUGUAAUUAUUGAAUUUUAACUGAAAGGAUCAGGCACAUUCUAUCCAUAAAAUGCUCCGGAAUAAUAAAAUAGUAGUGUUAUGUAAAGGAUUGUCUGAAAUAAGUGACAAACAGGAAUUGUAUAUAAAGUCGUUGGAAUUUGCUGGUUACACUUGCGAAUGUUUACAAACUUUGCAAUUCGAAUUUGUGAAUAUUUCAGAAUUGCGAGCAUACCUGUCAACAGCUGAUAAAUAUAGUGGUCUAAUAUUAACUAGUCCUCGUGUAAUUGAAGCUAUUUCACUGGCGGCAAAAGAAGAUCCAAAUAUUCUACAUCAUUGGCAACAGACACCGGCAUAUUGUGUAGGACCUGCAACUGAUUCUCUCGCGAGAAAUCGACUUAACUUACAGUAUUGCAUUGGUAGCGAGUCUGGUAAUUCAAAGAAGCUGGCUGAAAGAAUUAUUCUUGAUAUAAAAAGUACAAAACCAUUGUUGUAUCCAUGUAGCGAGAUUGCACGAGAAACUGUGGCGUGCAUGCUUAACGAUAAUGAAAUUACAAUACAAAAGAUUGUGGUCUACAGAACAUUAGCAAGUGAGUUGUUAGAGCAAGAUUUAUCAAAAGUACUUGAAAAAUCUCCCAGCAUAUUUGUUUUUUUCAGUCCAUCCACAGUAGAAUACAUUACAACAGAACUUAAAAGAAAUUCUUAUAAUAUAAAAAAUAUAAAAGCAGUAGCGAUAGGUCCUGUGACAAAACAAGCAUUAAUUAAUUCUGGUUUCGAUGUUUAUACUACUGCGAAUAAACCAGAACCAGAAGCUUUGAUGCAUGCUAUCACGACUGCUGAAUGUAUGGAAAAUUUAACUGAAAAUCUCUGAUGAUAUAUAUAUAAUAUAAUAUUUAUUUAUUUGUUAAUAAUCUUAA